AUGGCAAUUGAUAGCUAUAUGCAGAAAAUGUUUGGCGACACCAACGUGUCCGCCUUUAGGGAUGCAACCGUUCUUUUAGUUGGUGCAGGAGGAAUUGGCUGUGAGCUUCUUAAGGACCUUAUUAUGAUGCAGUUUGGAGAAAUUCAUGUUCUUGAUCUAGAUACCAUAGAUCUUUCAAACUUGAACAGGCAGUUUCUUUUCAGACAGAAGGAUAUUAAAACAUCCAAGGCACUGACAGCGGUGAAAGCCGUUAAAUCAUUUAACCACUUUUCGAAGCUAGUUGCACAUCACGGUAAUAUCAUGGACAAAGCACAAUUUCCGCUCUCAUUCUUUGAGCAGUUUGACAUGAUCUUCAAUGCAUUGGAUAACCUUGAAGCAAGAAUGUAUGUCAAUAAGAUAUGUCUUUUUACUCGUGUUCCACUUAUGGAGUCUGGAACCACCGGAUUGAAGGGCCAGGUCCAACCCAUCUAUCCGUAUUUAACCGAAUGCUUUGCCUGUGUUCCUAAAACGACACCCAAAGCUUUUCCUGUUUGCACAAUUAGAUCAACUCCAUCUAAGCCCGUGCACUGUGUGACAUGGGCCAAGAACUAUUUGUUUCCCCAGUUAUUUGGACCUCGUGAUUUUGAGACUCAGAAUGUACCAACCGCGAAUCAAGAUGAGAAAUCCGAGGAAGAUAAUGCAAAGGAGAAAGCGGAGGCUCUACGUGAAACUAACGAGCUUUUAGACCUCAAGAAUAAGAUCGAUUACGCUGCAGAAAAGCUCCAGAAUUUGGAAGGUACAACAGAGUUUGGAUUCAUUAAUGAUAUAAUUGCAAAGGUGUUUUACUCGGAUAUUGUUCGUCUUUUGAGAAUGGAUAGUCUAUGGAGAAGUAGGGAAAAGCCAACCCCAUUAGAUUAUGAGGGACAAUAUAAGCAACAUUUGGAUCAGUUUCUUGGAAAGUUACCGACUGACAAUUUGAGUGUGUCCGACCAGAAAUUGUGGACGCCAUUGGAAAACCUCAAAGUUUUUGCUAAGGCAACAUUAAACCUUACGAGGCGUCUUGCAAAGGAAAAAAUCAUUGAUUUUGAUAAGGACGAUCAGGAUGCGUUGGACUUUGUCGCAACUGCUUCCAAUCUUCGGUCAGUAAUAUUUGAUAUUCCUCGGAAAACUGAAUUCGAAGUGAAACAAAUUGCAGGCAAUAUAAUUCCAGCGGUUGCAACCACAAAUGCUAUCAUGGCAGGAUUUAGUGGUCUUUCAUCUAUACACUACUUUUUAAGUGGGAAGAAUACGGAAGAAGCUGUAAAACACUCUAGGAUGAUUUGUGAUUCCUCCUCCAGGGAAAGAUUUGUGAAUUCAUCAACUUUGUUCAAGCCAAAUCCAAAGUGUAAGCAGUGCUCUAUAACUAGAGGGAUUGCAAAGGUUGAUCUUUCCACUAUUGAUGUGGGAGCCUUCAGAGACGCAAUCCUGUCCAAAUAUAAUUAUGAAGAUGAUAUAUCUUUGACAACGAGUGACUCUAGGCUUUUGUAUGAUUUUGACUUUGAUGAUAAUCGGAAGUCGAAAUUAAGCAAAUUUGUGACAAAUGGAGAUAUCCUCUUGGUGACGGACAGUGAGGAAAAGCUUGAUUUGGUUGAGCUUAUGCUCGUUGAUACUAGCGGCAAAAGUUUGGUGCUCCCAGAUCUUGAAAUCCCUGAAUACCAGGGAAACGAACAGGAAAGUGAAACGGAAGAUAAUAGUGAUAGUAAUAGUGUAAUCGAGCAAGAGGGAGAUGAUGAUGAUAUCGUUGUUCUAGAUGAGGAUGAGGAUGAAAAGCAAAUCUCUAAAAAGAGGAAGCUCGAAGAUGACUUUAGUAAUGGGAAGUCCGUCAAAUCUAGAAAAGUUGAACAUGGUGAAAGUAAACCGGAUGACGAUAUGGUGGUUCUUGAUUAA